AUCACAAAUGAGACAGAGCAGCAGAAGCAGUGUGAGCACAGAGGACAGAGGAGAGUCUCAUUGAUCCAGCUGUUCUCUGACAGUCAUUCAGACUUACUCAUCAUCAUCAUCAUCAUCAUCAUUAUCUUUAUCUUCAUCAUCAUCACCAUCAUCAUCCAUGGCGGUUCUUCCUCUGCGGGUGAAAAUGUUGCAGCAGGUCUGGAGGUUGAAAGGCGUCGUCAUUCUCGUCUGCAGUCCGUUCAUCCUGCUGCCGCUCGCCGUCAGCACCACGGAGGCGGCCUGUGCUUAUGUCAUAGCCCUCAUGGCGGUGUACUGGUGCACUGAGGUGUUGCCGCUGGCGGUGACGGCGCUGCUGCCGACCAUCCUGUUCCCUGUCCUCGGCAUCAUGGAGUCCAGAGAUGUGUGUAUGCAGUACCUGAAGGACACCAACAUGCUGUUUGUGGGCGGGCUGAUGGUGGCCGUCGCCGUGGAGCACUGGAACCUCCACAAACGCAUUGCACUCCGAGUUCUGCUACUGGUCGGAGUCCGACCCGCCCUGUUGAUGCUGGGGUUCAUGGGAGUGACGGCCUUCCUGUCCAUGUGGAUCAGCAACACGGCCACCACCGCCAUGAUGGUCCCAAUCGUCCAGGCCGUCCUGGACCAGCUCCACGACAACGUAGACCCUGAACCCUCCUCGAAGAGCCAGAGAGGGAGUGUCGACCUCCACCUGGAGCAUCAGGAGAAAACCGGUGGCAUCCUGCAAACUGCCGCUCCGAACACGCUGGAGAACGGUCUGAAUGUUGCAACUUUAACACAAGGCAACUCAGAGAAAACCAGCAACCUGCAAGACAACAUGUCCUCUGAGCAGAAAGUGUCCUCUGACGGUCAGAUGGACAGACAGGGGAUCAUCAAACCGACACCACAGGACAAACCUCCAGGACCACCAGGACCCGCGGUCGUGGUGGUGGAGAACGUCUGCUGUCAGGUGGAGGUGGUGGAGCUGAGUGAUGAAGAGGAGCAGAGGAGGAGCAUGAGUAAAGGACUCCUGCUGUGUGUGUGCUACGCUGCCAGCAUCGGGGGCAUCGCCACUCUGACCGGAACCGGACCGAACCUGGUUCUGAUGGGACAGAUGAGCCAACUCUUCCCUCAGAACGGUGACGUGAUCAACUUUGCGUCCUGGUUUGCAUUCGCCUUCCCCACCAUGGUGCUGACGCUGAUGCUCGCCUGGUUCUGGCUGCAGUUUCUCUUCAUCGGCUUUAACCUGCGGAAGACGUGGGGUUGCGGGGCGGUGCAGUCGGAGAAGGAGCGAGCGGCAUACGAAGUGAUCCGGGACGAGCAUCGGCGUUUGGGGCCGGUGAGUUACGGAGAGGUCAGCGUCCUGGCGCUCCUCAUCCUCAUGGUGGUGCUGUGGUUCACACGAGACCCGCGCUUCAUGGACGGCUGGGCCACCCACGUCUUCAAUGCCAAGGCCGAGUUCGUCACUGACGCCACCGUCGCUCUGUUUGUUGCUGUGUUGCUGUUUGUUCUUCCUUCUGAGCCGCCGCACUUCCUCUGCUUCUGGAGGAGCUGUGAUACAGAGUCCCCAGUGUCUCGAGGCCCCGCCCCAGCUCUGCUCACCUGGCAGGUGACUCAGAAGAAGAUGCCCUGGAACAUCGUCCUACUGCUGGGAGGCGGCUUCGCUCUGGCCAAAGGCAGCGAGGUGUCCGGUCUGUCCCGCUGGCUUGGCGCUCAGAUGACGCCGCUACACUCCAUCCCUCCCUGGGCCAUCGCCAUCAUCCUCUGCCUCCUCAUUGCCACCUUCACCGAGUGUGCCAGCAACGUCGCCACGGCAACGCUCUUCCUGCCCAUCCUGGCCUCCAUGUCUCAGUCCAUAAACGUGAACCCUCUGUACGUGAUGAUCCCCUGCACCCUCAGCGCCUCCUUCGCCUUCAUGCUGCCGGUGGCCACGCCUCCCAACGCCAUCGCCUUCUCCUCCGGUAUCCUCAAAGUGUCUGACAUGGCUAAAGCUGGCGUGGUGAUGAACGUCAUUGGGAUCAGCUGCAUCAGUCUCGCCAUCAACAGCUGGGGGCGUGUCAUCUUCGGCCUGGACUCGUUCCCUCCAUGGGCCAACGCCACCACCGCCGUGUAGGAUCAACAACCAGCUGCCUCAUGUCUGUUUUCAGGUCUCGUCACUCGGCUGCGAGUGAAAUUAUUAUUUUAUUUUACAGUGGCGUAUGACCGCUGCUGGGUCUGAGCCGCCACGAACUUCGUCUGGAUGUUCGGAUGUUCUGUGGAGACAGUUUCCCAAAAGUUCUCUCACCAGACUGCGACUGUGAACGCCGCUGAAACACUGCAGACUAAAACAGAAAUUAUAAAUAAACCUGCGUCUCAUUCGAACCAUCACCCGAUAAACAAAGUUUAAUAUCUGAGAACUGACGGAAACUUUCUCCCCAAAUAUUUUUAAUUCAAACCUUCAAAAUGUUGUUUGGUGGCGACUUUACUAACAGUUGUUCUUUCGGGAAACUGACUCCAGAUCAGUUACAGAUCAGUUACAGAUCAGUUACAGAUCAGGGAGCAUCUCUUCUUCGUGUCAUCUAAUUAUUUGUAGUAAUUAUAAAAUAUUGUGUUUUGUGUUGUUUUCUAUUUAAAUAUUUUUAUUGGUAACAUGUGAGUGUUUCUGUACAUACGUAACUUCCAGAGUUUUCUACCAUCUUGUUGCUAACAGUUUUAUUACGUGUUAAUAAAAGUUGAUCUUUGAA